AUGACCAAAUUUCGCCCAUGCAUAGACCUGCACUCGGGACAAGUGAAACAGAUUGUUGGAGGCACCUUGACUACGACAUCUACGGAUCUCAAGACCAAUUAUGUCUCGAAGCUACCCGCGGGGCACUUUGCACAGCUGUACAAAGACAAUGAUUUGGAGGGAGCACAUGUUAUAAUGCUAGGUCCAGGCAACGAAGAAGCUGCCAGAGAGGCAUUAGCAGUAUGGAAAGGCGGUCUGCAAAUUGGAGGAGGCAUAAACGAUAAGAAUGCGAAGCAAUGGAUUGAUUGGGGUGCGGACAAGGUUAUCAUAACAUCUUUUCUUUUCCCCUCGGGAAAGUUCUCUCAAGAUCAUCUCGACCUCGUCCUCGCCGCUCUUGAAGGUGAUAAGGAAAAGCUAGUCAUUGACUUGAGCUGUAGGCGGAAGGGUGAUACUUGGUUUGUUGCUAUGAACAAAUGGCAGACCAUCACUGACAUGGAAGUGAAUGAAGCAUCUAUCAAAUCGCUCGAAGAAUACUGCUCCGAGUUUCUCAUCCACGCGGCAGACAACGAAGGUCUGCAAAAGGGAGUCGAUGAGAAGCUCGUGGAGAAAUUAGCAGAGUGGUGCAGCAUUCCAGUAACAUACGCAGGAGGAGGAAGAAAUCUUCAAGACCUAGACCAUGUCAAGACUCUGAGUGGCACUCGCGUGGACCUCACAAUUGGUAGUGCUCUCGAUAUAUUCGGCGGAUCUGGAGUUACUUUCGAGGAGUGUGUUUCGUGGAAUCGAAGUCAACCAAGACGGUGA